AUGGAUCAAAGGAAUAACCGAGAAAGGUUUAUUGGAGUGGCCAGUGGUUUGGGAAAUAAUGUAAAUAAUAUGGUUGGUGCUGGGAUUUUUUCAUCUCCUGGCACCGUGUGGCGUAGUGUGGGCUCUCCCUGGAUUGCCCUCAUUUUAUGGGCAGUUGGGGGUUUGGUGAGUCUUUGUGGAACGUUGACGUACACGGAAUUGGGAAGUCAGUUUCAAAUUGGCGCCGGUGAGACGACUUAUUUGGAGUAUAGCUUUCCAAAGCCGAGAAGGCUUCUUAGCUAUUCUUUUACAAUGAUGUACAUACUACCCGCCGGAAUAUCGGCAGUUGUAAAUAUUUGUGCCCAGUAUUUGCUAUUUACGCUGGGCUUGAAUGGCAAAGGGUGCGAUUUAUACGAGGAGUUUCAUCCUCUGUAUUUUAACGGCCACAAUUUUUGGAGACUCAAGUUAACGACAUUGGCAAUUCUUGCCGUAAUAGCCCUAUACCAUUCGUUUUCCAACAAAUGGGCAAACAGGGUCAACCAGGCUCUGGCGACGACAAAAGUUUUAACAGUAUUGACUGUUGUCAUACUUGGGUUGUCGUUCGCAAAGAGAGUGCACAACUCGAAUUGGGACAUGUUUUCUCCCGCCGAAAGUUUUACCCGGGACGUCAGUACUACAGAAUGGAUUCAAAGAUACGUAACAGCAAUGCUCACAAUAUUAUUUGCGUACGGGGGUUGGAACAAUCUCAGUUACCUUACUGAGGAAUAUGAGACGGGAGGUUCUUAUAGAAACCUUCUGAUAAGUAACACGGGGGCAGUCGGGAUAGUCACAAUAUUGUAUUUGCUGGCUAAUCUCGCCUACGCGGCGGUAUUGAACGUUGGCACCGUAAUUGGAACUACGGGGUCGGAUCCUAACGAAAUAAUAGGCAUUUAUUUUGCCGCCCAAAUCGACCGGGGGAGCGUUGAUACUGUUAGUCCAGACGCCAAAGUCAAAGGAGCGCGAGCAUUGGCUUUUUUCAUUGCCCUCAGUGCCUUUGGCACUGCUGGCGUGUUGAUGCAAAGUGCUUCCAGGGUCUUGGAUUUAGCGGGCCGGCACAACUACGUCCCGUUGAUUUCACCGUGGCUGUCCACAUGGAAUAAUCGGCUAGGGACGCCCGUAAAUUCGUUUAUAGCACUUUUUACAUGGUGCUCAAUUCUGACGCUAGUAGUUCCCGGCAACAGUUCGUUCGAGUUUUUAGCUGAGCUCGAACAAUACUCAAUAUACUUCUUUUUCCUUCUCGCAGCCAUUGGUGCAUUGUUAUUACGACGGAGAGGCGGGCUAGAGAGGCGUACAUAUAGGGCACCAUUAUUUGCUUUGUUUCUUUUCAUACUGUUCGCAUUGUUGAUUGUCGUUCUCUCUAGCCUCGGAGUUGUGGCGUUAACUGGCGUGCUAUGGUGGGUUCUUAAUGAUAGAUUUACACGUGAAGACGAAACGGCUGACAACAUAUAA